UAUUAAGAUCCUGUAUCUAAUUAUUUUAGAUAACAGCCACAUUUUGGCGGGGAGAUUUCACCAACUAUUAAGAUUCGGAAUGCGAAUAUGCGUGCUUUGGAAGAAGAAGAUUCGUUUCACUAAUUCGCAUCUCCUCUCUCAUAUUCUUUUUCUCCUCCAUCUUCCUGCUCCCAACCUCCCCUGAUCCUCCUCAAUCUCGCCUGAAACCGCUGCCAGCUCACCUGAAUCUCGCCGCUGAUCCCUCCUCCUCCUCUCCGCCGCCGCGUCUCAAUGUCUUCGCCAGUAUCUUCUUUCAGUUCAAUAUAGAAGUUUGCACUGGACACACUUGUUUUGUCUAAUGCCAGCAGAUUCUUGCUGGCACUGAAAAUGAUUCAGCUUAUUACUGAAACUCUGAUGAGUCCCCAGAAUAAAUCAACCUCUAGUAGAGCCCUUGAAGGUCUGCACGGGGUUAAGGUUGUGCCUGAUUCACAUUUUGCAUUGGAAAAAACUACACGCGAUGGAGAUUUUUCUCUGUCGAGUUGUGGAAGUUCUGUUAUAGGUGCGAAUCAGCCAUUGAUAAUGCAAUGGGUAUGGGAGCAAAGACCAGCCUGCUUGAGACCUGUUGGGGGUUGUAUACAAGGUGAUCAGACUCUUGCAGAGAGGGUGGCGAACGUUCUUACCUCACUACCUUUUAUUGCUCUUGGAAUCCAAGCACCAAGGAAGAAUUUUUCAAUGAAGUUAUAUGCUAAUUCAUUAAUUGGAGUAGGAGUUGCCUCAAGUUUAUAUCAUUCUUCCAGAGGAAAAUUGAGACAAUACCUAAGAUGGGCUGACUAUACAAUGAUAGCUACAGCCACAGUAUGUCUGACAGGAGCUCUCAGAAACGACAACCCGAAGUUGUUGAUGGCUGCAUCUGCAUUUCUACUGCCUGUUAGGCCUUUUAUGGUUUCUGCUGUUCACACUGGGGUGAUGGAGGUAAUAUUUGCAAAAAGAGCUUUGAAAGAUCCAGAUUUAAGGAUGGCUCACAAUGUCCAUAAGAUGUCAACACUUUUGGGUGGUGUGCUUUUCAUUGCUGAUGAUGCUUUGCCCAAAACUCCAUUUCUUCAUGCAGCUUGGCACCUUGCUGCUGCUGUUGGUGUUGGAACCUGCAAUAAGCUUCUUGAGUAAUUGUUCAUAGCACACACAUUAAUUUGUCGACAUCUCGGUCUUGCUUUCUCAAAGAGCAGCAUUAUACGCUCGAAAGAUUGUCUCUCCUGAUUCAUAUGCAUUCGUGAUCCAGGUUCGAUGAAUGAUCGCUUUAAUCUAUUAGAUUAGUUUCCCGCAUAAAUUAUUGUUCCCUCAGAAUUGUAACUUAAAACAAGAAUAGAUAUGUCAAAUAGUUUCGAUUGGAGAAGCAAUAUUGUUUAUGAUUAAUGAAGAAAGAAAACGAAAGAAGUACUUUUAGCUUGAUUAGAUGUGAAAUAUUUAGUGAA